AUGAUGGUGCUUGAGACAUUUCCGCCUGGACUUAACGGGUUUUACGAGCGAAUGAUCAACUCCUUGCCCUCCCUAGAGGAAGACUUGUGUAAAGAGAUACUGUCAGUCGUGUCGAUCCUUAAAAGACCCGUCACGAUCGAGGAACUUCUUCCUCUACUCCAUUCAUAUUUCAGUGAUAAUAUGGAAACUUUGGAGGAAGUCAUCCAGUCAUGUGGGUCUUUCUUGAAAAUCCAAGCAGGAAAGAUCUACUUUGUGCAUCAGUCGGCUGUGGAAUUUCUGAAAAGUAGUGCGUCAAAACUUUCCACUAUUGCAGAGAGACAUAAGUCCGUUUUUUGGAGCUCUAUGGAUGUCCUCAACAGACCUGGUUAUCUGAAACGAGACAUCUAUGGUUUGAAAGAGCCCAGCACAGACAUGGCGGAAAUCCAUAUCCCUGAACCCAAUCCUUUGUGUGCUUUGCAGUACUCCUGCACAUAUUGGGUAGACCACUUGGCUGAUUGGGUCUGUGAGAAAAGGAUCGUAAUGGGAGAGCCAUUGCCACAAGAGGAAUGUGUCAUUCUCGAGGUUAGCAGCUUCCUCAGGAGAAAGUUUCUCAAUUGGAUAGAGGCACUUAGCCUCCUUCGCCAGAUGCAAGGGGCAAUACAAGCCAUCCAAAAGCUUCAGGUUCUGUUCAACCAAAGCCCUGGCUCAAUCGAACAAGGUCUAUCAGCUUUUAUUCAUGACGCCAAUCGAUUUCUACUCUAUCACAAAGUGAUAAUCGAAAAGACCCCUUUGCAACUCUAUGCUUCAGCUCUGUUAUUUAGCCCUAAACAAAGCGUUGUGAAAGCACAGUUUCGGGACGAGGCCCCUGACUGGGUUACGAUUACGCCUGGCCUAGAAACUACGUGGAGUGCGUGUUUGCAGACGCUAUACUAUGAUUUAGAGCGUUGUAUUGGCGCUUGCUCCGUCGCCUACUCCCCCGAUGGGGAAUGGCUUGUCACUCUUUAUUUCGACGGCACCGUGAAGCUUUGGCAUGCGAAGAGCGGCACCUGCACGCACACAGUCAGUCUCCACGGCGGGGAGCAUUUAAAAUACAGCAUGAGCAUGGUAUCAUUCGAAUCAAAGUCGGUGGCUUUUUCAGCAGACGGCAAGUCAUUUGUAUCAAGCUCCUGCAACGGUGACGUGAAGGUCUGGGACAGAGACACAGGCCGUUGCACCUACCAGAUUGAACCACAUCCAUCUUUGGCCACCGAAAUGGCCAUCUCGUCAGAUGGGUCCACGGUUGCAUUGUAUGAUCGAGGUCGUAUCGUCAUUCGGAGUACGAAAGGAGAAUUUUCUACUCGCACCAUCGAGUGUCAUCCUCAACAGGGUGAAGUUCACUCCAUAGCGUUGAACGCAAAUGGCCAGUGGAUCGCUUUAGGAUCAACAAAUCAUCUACUCGAGAUUUUCGAUGUAUCGACGGGGGGGUGCCAACAGAUAUCCACGGAUCACAACGAAGUUACUGUGGCUUGGUCGCCGGAUGGAGCCUGGGUUGUGUCCGGUGGCGCCCUAAACCCUCGAAUGAACUUCAUCGUACAGAUCUGGGAAAGAAGAACUGGCAAGUCAAUUUUGAGACUCAAACAUGAGGCACCAAGCGACCCAGGGUACGAAGACAUUCCCACGUACAUGAAUCUAUCGGCCGACAAAAGGUUCUUAGCAGCUGGCUCUCGAUGCGACAUAUGUGUGUGGAACACGUCGACUGGUGCUUUGACGUGGGCGAUGUACGGUUCCGACCUAAAAUACAUCAACUCGAUUUCUUUUUCCCCAGACGCUCAGCGAGUCGUUUCGGCGUCCUAUCCAUCAACGAUCAAAGUCUGGGACCUAUCAAUAAUGGCAGACUCCAUAUCCCACCGGCCAAGUCCAAGCACGGGACAAGUGAUCUUUACUGAUGACGAUCGCUUCCUGGCAUAUGACCUCCUAAUGGACAAAAUCAGACUUUAUGACAGACGAGCCGACAUGCCAGAUUCAACGUUCUAUGAGGAGUCUGUGUGUACUAUCGCACUAUCUCAAGAAGGCCAGCGACUUGCGUUAGCUUCUUUUGAUAAGACCACGAUCACAAUUUGGAACACAAGUACCCGUGCGAUUACAUUGAAGAUCUGUGGUCGCACAGAGCAUAUUUGCUUUGAUGCCCGUGGUUCUGAAGAGAGCGUUUGCCAACGAAGACAUUGGAACAAUGAAAUAGCUGCUGACGUCUACUUGGACGAGGUUUCCAGAAGAAGAAACGGGCCAAAGAGAAUUGCAUGUUUGGCCUUUGGGAAUGCUUCCCAGCUUGCUUCAAGUUUGGGGGGGUUGAUAAAGAUCUGGAACACAUCGAACGGCAGGUGCUCGCAGACCAUUGACUCUGGCUGCAGCUAUGCUACGAAUAUGACCUUUUCGAGUCAAGGCCAACGACUUGCUUUCCUAGCGUAUGACGAUGAACGCAUGUGGGGAGGCUAUGAUGUCAUCAUUCAAGUCUGGGACGUCGCCACAAAACAAUGCAUCUCAACGCUUUCCUGGGAAGAAACUUCAACACUUUCUACCCGAUCAUCUCUGAGCUUCUCAGGAGAGCAACAGCUUGUGUCCUGUGAAAACAAAUGGACAAAAGAUGGUCUACGUCUCGCAGUAAUUUGUUUAUGGAACCUGAGGUCUGAUUCUAUUAUUACACGCACGUUCACAAGCGACAAAAUUAGUUUCGUCCACGCAAGGUUUGACACCAGAUUGGCAAAUCGUUUACACACUGCGUACGGCUUUUUCGACACCCGUGAACUUUUGAGCACAAGUAGCUCAAGUUGUAUCCACGCCGGUUCUAGAAUCUCAAAAAAAGACUUCGAGUAUACACCAGAUUCAGAGAGCGCGGAAGCAAUGCCCCCUUUCCGCGGCUAUGGUUUUAGCUACGAUCGAGAAUGGAUUAUGCGUGACGGGAAACGUUUGUUGUGGAUUCCUCCAGAUUUUAGACCCUCAGAUGAACCUGGCGAUAUCACUCCCGGUAUGAAUGGAUCGAGUAUCAUGUGGCUGAGAGACUCACGAGAGCCAGUACGAAUGUACUUUACAGAAUAA